CUUUCAAUAAUAUGGCUUCUUCUUCAACCAAAGUGUCCAUGAAGCUUCUUAUUGACACAAAGAACCAAAAAGUUCUUUUUGCUGAAGCUUCAAAGUCUGUUGUAGACUUUCUGUUUAACCUUCUUUGCUUGCCUAUAGGAACUGUAGUUAAGCUCCUAAGUGCUAAUGGCAUGGUCGGUAGCUUAGGAAAUCUUUAUCAGAGUGUUGAAAACCUCAACCAGAAUUACAUGCUGCCAGACCAAACUAAAGAUGUUCUCUUAAACCCAAAAGCUCAAAUCUCUUCAACUGACAUAUCUGGCUUCCUAACCGAGAAGAACGAUGCCAAAGAUGAUCACGGGGAAGUAACUAAGUUAUACAUGUGUCCUAAUAAAUGUUAUUUUCAGGUGACAUCCAAUAACAGAACUCCUUGUUCUAGCCAACCUGGGUAUGGUGGUUGCGGUAAUAUUAUGUCCCGUGAAGUAACACAGGUCGGAGAUAAGAAGGUCGCUGAAAAGAAAGUUUCCACCAAUAUUAAGAAUGGUUUUGUGAAAGAUGUUGUGACUUUCAUGGUGAUGGAUGAUUUGGUAAUUGAGCCCAUGUCAACUAUAUCUAGCAUCACACUGUUGAACAAGUUCAAUGUGAAAGAAAUUGGUACUUUGCAAGAAAAAGUGGUUGAGAUGGGUAUGGAGGAGGGUAUCAAGUUGCUUAAGGCGUCUCUUCAAUCAAAGAUGGUUUUGACAAGUGUUUUCAUCAAGAAGCAAAAGUGAAAAGAGAGAAGCAAGGAGUAAUAAGACAGUUUUUUUUUUUUAUCUACAAAUGUUUUUCUUUUAAAUAAGUCUUCAAAACUUAAGAAGAUGAG